UGGAUGGAUGUAAUCGCCGAAAAAUGCUCUAAAGUAGUUACGAAAUUCGAAAUUGGUCGUUCGCAUGAAGGUCGUUUAAUAAGGGGCCUGAAAAUCUCUUUUAAAACUGGCAACAAAGCAAUUUUUAUUGAGUCAAACAUCCAUGCUAGAGAAUGGAUAACAUCCUCAGCUGCUACAUGUAUAGUUAUGGAAUUGCUGUUUUCCAAAGAUCCUGACGUGCGUAGAACGGCUGCUGGCAUUGACUGGUACAUCUUACCCAUAUUUAAUGUCGAUGGUUUUGUUUUUUCGCAAGAAAAGGAACGAUUGUGGCGCAAAUCGAGGAGACCUUUGGAAGAAGCAAAUACUCCUGAAUCUCCUGAAUGCAUAGGUGUGGAUUUAAAUCGCAAUUUCAAUCAUCAAUGGGGAGUGAUAAAGAGUGAACCUUGCACCGACGAAUAUGGUGGCAGUGAGGCUGAAUCUGAACCAGAAGUUAAGCAACUGGCACAGUUUAUUGACACAAUACCGGAAGGUACUCUUAAGAUUUACAUAGCAUUACAUGCUGCCGGACAAGCAGUAAUUACUCCCUGGGCCUAUACGAAGGAAGAACAGCCUAAGGAUCAUGAACAGCUGAUGGAGGUGGCCAAGGCGUUUGUUGAAGCCGCUUACCCUCGUUUCCGAACUAAAUAUAUUUAUGGACCUGCCGCCGAAAUUUUAAACGUCGGAGAAUUUUGCGGCACCAGCACAGACUGGGCUUACGGAGUGAAGAAUAUACCUAUAUCACUUGGCAUUGAGUUACCAGGUAAAGGUAGAUAUAAACCUUUCGAGUUACCAACAGAAUCGAUUCUACGUGUAAGCAUCGAACUUCUGGAUGGACUUGUGGGUAUGGUUAAGGCUGUUGGAGAACUCGGUUUCAUAGAAAAGAUACCCGAACCGCCGAAAAAAGAAAUCAAGCCAAAAUAUGAACGGUCAAAAAAGGUAUCUAAGAAAAAGGAAGGAGAAACAGAAGAAACACCAAAAUGGGUUACGAAAUAAAAAGUCGUUAAAUUAGUAAAUGGAAUAAAAGAGAAAUUUUAAGUAAGAAUAUUAUGCAUCAGCUGAUGCUCCCAUCGCUGCAAAGAAAGGUCACAGGUUGACACUGGCUAUCAUCCCAUUAACCGAAUAGAUGGAGACGAUCUCAUUCAUCGGAAUUAUAGUUAAUUAUCCCACAUAGCUUGUAAUCUGCCAAUUAAUGCCGGCUUGAAAACGGACCAUUCGAAUACAAGCCAUUUCGUAAGAGAUGGUGACGUUUCUCUCUUCUCUGUCUGUCAUGAACGAACUUUUUAAUGCAUGCGUACUCGAAACCCGCAAGGUUUGCUCAAGAAACGUUUGCGGCGUCAGUAAGGAAACCCUUCAAAACCCAAAAGAUCCCCUAGUCACUUUCAGCCAUCAAUGGAAACUCAAGCAAUCUGUUUUAUAAAUCUGGUAGACAUCUUUUUAGAUAGAAAAAAAAGGAUUUAAGCUUCGAGAACAUUGCUGACUCCAACUGUACUUUUGAAUCGGAUUUUAAAGCCGGAAAACGAAAUUUACGUUUAAGAAUCGUAUAAUUCGGAAAUCAAUCGUGCUAGCUAUGAAGAACUUAAUUGAGCAAAAGUUAAAUUUUUGAAUAACUUUUUGUUCGUAAAAUUUAAUAUUAAGUUUUUUGGGAAACUUGAAAAUAUUCCACUGUGUGAACGAAGCCUGCGCUUUUACCGUGAAAAGUACACUAGGGUCAUGACUUUGAAUUUGAUGAGACAAAGGCAACAUCGUGAUCUAUUUCAUGUGUAAGCACAGAAAUUUUGCAUGGGUUUGUUCGAGUA